UGCUUAGGGAAAAAAUAGACCAGUUCCAUCUGGUUGUGGUCUGUUAUAUUUUUUUCAUCUCUUUGAACGAGGUACUGGAGAGCAGGAUCAGACAGGCUUAGGAAAGGUCCACCCAGACCCCUGCAGAACAUCUGUGAACCCCAGGGCCCCAUGCAGAGCGCUGAGAAAACAAACCACACUCCUCAGACUCUUCCUCUUCAACUCAGCUGGUAUUGUUCAUCUUAAACUGAGGGAAGGAGACAGAAUAGCAUACAGGGAAGAUGUGUCUUUGAGUUGUGUUGAUUAUACCUUCCUGUAAUAGAAAAAUCGCAGCUCUGUGUCUGGUUCUAUCUUGAUAAGUGCAUUAAAUAUGACUUUCUCUACUGUUACAGCUCCAGUACUGUAUGUACUUGUUGGCUUUUAGGGGCGGGAACAGAUGAAGUCGACUUUAUAAAAGUGAACUGACCACCAAACUGUGCUCUGUGUUCUGCCCGACAACACUGAGGACGACUCGUCUAAACUCUGCACAGGUAUUUAACUGAGCAAUCUUCAGUGUUUUGACACAAACUUACAUAAAGAAGAGAAAUGAAGGACGUAGAACUGAAGGAAGUGGAUCAGGCAAAACAGCUAAUGACCCGAGAAAUAAAUGGCUGCGUGAAGGUCACGGUCCCAGAGAACACUGGAGUGAAGUAUGGCCUCUCCAAAGAUGAGUUAAUUAAAAUAGCCGGUACAGCUGGCUGGAUUCGGACUCGUUGGGCCUUGCUGGUUCUGUUCUGGCUUGGCUGGGUUGGCAUGUUAGCUGGAGCAAUAGUGAUCAUAGUACAGGCCCCACGCUGUAAACCCAUUCCUGAGAUGAACUGGUGGAACGAAGGUCUUUUGUAUCAGAUAUCUGACGUCAAUGCUUUCUCUGACAAUGGACUGAAAGGAGUGGAGGAGAAGCUGGACUAUCUGAGUCAAAUGAAGGUGAAGGGGCUUGUUCUGGGUCUGACACACAUUGUGAAAGCAGACCAGCUGAAUACACUAGAUCUAACUUCAGUUAAACCUGAAGUAGGCACUGAGAAUGAACUGGAAUCUCUGCUGGAGGAGGCACAUAAAAAAGGUAUCUCCAUAGUGCUGAAUUUAACACCCGGCUAUGAAGGAGAAUCCGUCUGGUUCCACAAUUUAACUGUUGCUGAGAAAAUCAAAGAAGCAUGUACAUACUGGUUGAAUAAAGGACUUCAUGGCAUUUUCUUGUCUAACCUGGGAGACCUCGAAAAAUCACACUCCUGGCCAUCUAUACAAGCUAUAUUCAACCAAACCGACAAGACUAAAAAAGUAGCUCUGAUGGGAUCAGUCUCCGGUCUUUCUGUGGAUGAAAUCUCUGUCCUGCUGAACCACUCAGGUGUUGACCUGCUCCUAACUGAACAGCCUGAUCCGGCUAAGUUCGGCGAAAAACAGGCAGAGGCAAUACAGAAGCUUGGUCACCUGCAGAUGAGUCUGGGCUUUCUGGCUUUCAGAACUCCAGCAGUGCCAGUGAGGCUCUUUCACAUUCUGCUGUUCACACUGCCCGGCACACCCGUGCUCAACGCUGGAGAUGAGGUCGGACUGAAGACGGGGGAAAAACCUCAAACAAUGUGGGACUUGAAAACCCCAGAUGAAGAGACGAAUGCAACAGCAAAGGCUCUGCAGGAGGAGCGUAUCGCUGUGCAUAACUUCUUCAAAGCACUAAGUGAUCUGAGGGGAAAAGAGCGAUCGCUUCUUCACGGAGAAUAUGUCAGCCUUUACAGUUCACCCACUUCAUUAGCAUUUCUCCGCCUCUGGGACCAGAGCGAACGUUUCCUUACUGCUGUGAACUGGGGAACUGACUCUGUAACCAUGAAGCUCACUUAUAGCGACCUGCCGGCUCAAGCUCAGGUUCGCCUCAGCACAGAUGCUGCGAAUCUAGCCGUGGAUCGCAUGGUGUCCUUACAGAACUUAGAGCUUGGGCCCAAACAGGCUGUUCUGUUGUCUUAUCCUUAUGCUGGUUAGACACACAUAUAGUCUCAAAGCUGUUUGAUUUCCUCUGAGACCUCAUCAAAUCCUAGUUUUAGUGCCUUUUUCCUUUUUGAAGUUUAAGUGGUCAAAGUCGAAAAGCUUUUAAAUUGGAAAUUAAAGUGAUUAAUAUGAUGCUUUGGUAGCCUGACUUAGUCAAAAAGUCAAAAUUAUGACAUAGCCUACUGAGUCAUAAUUGUGAGAUGAAAAGUUAAAAUUAUGACUUAAAAAUCAUGACCUACUAAGACAUAAUUUUGACUUUUUAUGUCAAUUAUCUCAUAGAAAGCUUAAAUUAUGAUAGCCUACAUUCGAAAUUAUGAGAUUAAAAAUUUUAAAUGGUCAACUUUUGGGCAAUUUCGACUGAGUCAUAUUUUCAAUUUAGUAUGUCAUCAUUUCAAAAGUUUAUUAUAAUUUUGACUUUUUGACCUGGUUUCACAGACAGGGCUUAGAUUAAGCCAGGAUUAGGCCUUAGUUCAAUUAGGGAAUUUAAGUAGCUUUUAUAAACAUGACAAAACAAUGGCACUGACAUAUUUUAAGUGCCUGUUUACACCUGGUCACCUCAUGCGUUUUUACUAUUUGAUUUGUUAAAAUGGUUCCAUUUACAGUUGGCCACAUAAAUGUUUUUCCGUAGAAUGAAUAUAAAUCCGAACUUUAAUUGCCACGCUAUAGGCAGAUUUAAGUUCACGUCAACGAAAGCAACAGAUAUGCGCAUAUCAUAAACAUUUUAUUUAUUAUCAGCUAAUUUUAAGAUCAAAGACCACAAAAGGAGAACCAGCAGCAUCAGCACUCAUUUAGUUUCACUAUUUUAAAUGAAGAUAACUUUUUUUGAGCAUCAGUGACUUACUUUCAGUUUCAUUUGCAGCAGUUUGCGCGUCGGCUUGCUGAAGAGAUACUUAGCUACUCAUUUGCACUGAAGCGUGUUGCUGUCAAAUCUGGCUAUAACAUGUCAUAUAAAGCGCUCACAUGUUUAUUUUAUUUUUUAACAUUUUGGAAGGAGUAAAAUUUACAUAUGUGGUUUCAACAAGAUGCAUUUACACUCGUCCAGUUUCGUCUAGAAUGCGUCCCAGACCACCUCCUGAAGUGGUUUGAGAGAUCGGGUUUAAAUCAGUCUCAAAAGCAUUUCGGAGGGCAUUUACACCUGGUCUUUUAACGAUAAGGAUAGAUAUCCAAUCAUAGAAAAUGCAUUAAAAGUGACCAGGUGUAAAAAAGCCAUACGAUUUGUCCGUGCAAGUUAUACUUUUGAGUUAAAACAGCUCAAACAUGCAUUUUAGUCUGAGUCUAGGCUUAAGCCUUGUCUGUGAAACCAGGGCAAUAAGUCAUAAGUUCAACUUUUCAUUUCUUCACUUGUUAUAUGUCAUAAUUUCAAUAUGUUCUAAUUAUGAUUUACCAAAGCAUGAUUGUUUUUCUUAUGUGUCAGAAAUGGGCUUCCAUACUUUUGAUUGUCAAUCAGUGUGUGUAUUAAACUUUGCUUCUUUUCUCUACUAAUAAAAAGUGAAAUAAAAAGAAUCAACUUAACUACAAA